AUGGGCUUCAAGGUGAUCAUUGUUGGAGGCAGUAUCUCCGGGCUGUCUCUAGCCAACAUGCUGGAAAAGUUCGACAUUGAGUAUGUUCUUCUUGAAGGUCACUCAGUCAUUGCGCCCCAGCUCGGCGCCAGUCUUGGGCUACUGCCGAGCGGCUUGCGCAUUCUUGACCAACUUGGUUGUUACGAAAAGAUCAAGGAACUGGCCGGCAAUACGUACUACUCCGCCAGCAUGCGCUUGUUCAGUGGAGAGACAUGGGUUGAUAAGGAACCCGUCACGUUUUCCGAAAAGCUGGAGGACAGAAUCGGUUAUCCUCAAAUGUUCAUCGACCGCAGGACCGUCAUUCAAGUGCUGUACGACAAUCUCAAGUUCAAGAAUCGAGUCAUGACAGACAAACGGGUCACGCGGGUGGAUCAUCAUGAAGACCAUGUUGCAGUCCAUACAAAGGAUGGCUCCGUGUACACCGGUGACAUCGUCAUCGGUGGUGAUGGUGUCCACAGCGCAGUCCGCAAAGAAAUGUGGCGCCUGGCGUCUGAAGCCAGCCCUGGCCUCUUCAAAGACGAUGAGCUCUCUGGCCUUCAAUCCGUAUGCAAAUGUAUUUUCGGCAUCUCCAAGAGGCCGAAAGCGGUGCCAACAGGACCGCUGCAAAUCAACGCCUUCUUCAAGAAUUGCAACUAUAUGGUUCUCACUGCGCCCGAGGAACGCUUGUACUGGUUCUUGUUUACCGAAAUGGACAAGGCAAGCGGCAAGGAUAUUCCCCGAUUCACAAAAGAAGACGAGCGUAAGCUCGCUGAGGAGCAUUUCGGCGAUCAAAUUUCCGAGACCAUGACCUUUGAGGAUCUCUACAACCACGGACAGCAAACUACACUGGUCAGCGUUGAGGAUCAUGUGUUCCCCCGAUGGCAUUACCGAAGGAUUCUCACCGUCGGAGACGCAGCUCACAAGGUCCACCCCAUCAGCGCACAGGGAGGCAACGGCGCCAUGGAGACGUCCGCCGUCCUGGUCAAUGCGCUCCGGCGCAAGCUGAAGGAGACGUCAUGCAAUGCCAAGUUGACAGAAAGCGAUAUUUCCGCUAUUUUCGCCGAAGCUCAGGAGGCUCGCUUUGGUCGUGCCAUGGCCGCUGUCAAUCAGGGUCGACACACGAACGAUGCCUCUAUCAAGGAGACGUUCUUCUCCAAGAUUUUCGUUGACUACUUCUUCCCGCGUUACGGCCAGUGGAUGAUCUUUAGCCUCAUUGUCAAGAACACGGCCGGGGCUCCGACGAUUGACGAUAUCCCUGUGCCGACAAGAUACCUCGAAGCCGUCGCCCGCUAUGAAAGGAACAAUCCCAGCACCAGCACCGGCUGGAAGGUCUGGAGCUUUGUUUCGAUUGGUGUUGCACUCAUCACCGGGUUUUUCUACACAAAAUUCUCGGCUGUGUUUCCCCAGCUCCUGACCAUCAAGUCGCAGUAG